AUGAGAGAUGAUGAGGAGCAAGAAGGGUUGCUCGAGCAAGAUGCAAAUGGUGUUGAAAGUCCGAUAGCCUUACGACCGCUCGACAGCCAAGCCAAGACAGUUUACCUCGAGGACGACGUCGACUUCGAUGCAAGCCCAGGACCAGACUCAACAUGGACAGCCGAAGAGGAGAGAAGAGUGGUGCGGAAGCUGGACUUUUUGGUGAUGCCGCUGCUUAUCGUGGCCUUUUUUGCUUUGCAGCUCGACAGAGGCAACAUCGGUAACGCUUUGACUGACUACUUCCUGGACGAUGUCGGUAUCACGCAGUCUCAGUUCAACGACGGACAGGAGCUUCUCGCACUGGGUAUCGUGAUAUGGGAGAUACCGUCCAACUUCAUCCUCUACCGUAUCGGGCCAUCCGUCUGGAUCAGUGCUCAGAUCGUGGCAUGGGGACUUGUUGCUACUUUUCAGGCCUUCCAGCAUGGCGUCGGUGCGUUCAUGCUUACGAGGUUCUUGCUCGGCUCGUUCGAAUCCGGCUUCAUACCUGCGGCGCUGUUUACCAUAUCACGAUUCUACAAGCGGAACGAGACGUCAAAGCGAUUCUCGCUCCUCUUCAUGGGCAACCACCUAGCACAGGCUACAAGCGGCCUGAUAGCUUAUGCUAUCCUGCACAUGAGGGGAGUCUUUGGCCUUGGAGGAUGGCAGUGGCUGUUCAUUCUCGAAGGCCUCUUCACCGUCUCCAUCGGCAUUCUCUUCGUCGCCCUGUUUCCGAAAGGCAUCGUCAACCCAACCAGCUUGACUGGUAUUCAGUACUUCACGAAACGGGAAAGCUACAUUCUGUCAUCAAGAGUACUCCUCGACGAUCCGAGCAAGCAGCACAAAGGCGAGAACAUCACUUCUGCCGAGCUCAAAAGCACAUUCACCAACUGGAAACUUCUUCCGCACAUCAUUGCUGCGGUUCUAGGUCUGGCACCAGGUGCCACGUUUGGAGCCUAUGGUCCCACCCUUGUUGAGAGCUUUGGCUAUCCUCGCCUAGCCAGCAACGCCUUGAUGUCCAUCGGUCUCUGGCUUGGGCUCAUUAUGACUUUCAUUGCUGGCAUCCUGGCUGAUAGGACAGAUCGGCGCGGUCUCAUUGCACUGGGAGGGAUCUUUGGGCUUUGGCUUUCAGUGCUAGUCAGCAAGAUGCUUGUCCCAGAUCACGAAGUGACCACUAUCCACCACGACGUUGCACGUUUCCUGGCCUUGACGAGUGCUGUCGGCUUCUCUGGAACCUGGCAUCCUGUGAAUGGCAGCUGGAUGGCGCUGAACGCUCCGACGCUGGGCGAAAGGUCAAUCACGAUGGCUAUCCUCAUCAUGUCCGCCAACUCUGCUGGUAUCAUCGGAGCUCAGCUGUUCAAGGAAGGAGACGGACCGCUCUAUCCAAAAGGCUGGUCGAACAUUGUCUUGAUCGUGUUCUUUGGAGUUGGCGCUAUUGUGGUAGCCAACAUGCAGUACCGGUGGCUGAACCGGCGGAUGGCAGUAAAGGGCUUGAACAGACGCUUUGCAUUAUGA